CACAUGCCAUUUUGCAAUAGUACUUUAACCCUGUGUCUGCAAGUCAAGCAGGGACAGAACUGCUCUCUUGUUUCUUCGUAUAAUUCACAAUCAAGAUAUUUUCCUGGAAAUAAGACAUCUUGCCUGCAGCAGAGGAGGCUGUGUGAGUCCGGACCCGAGUUGAAAUGAUAAUAAAGACUGUAUGCAGGAUAAGAGUGUGCAAAGCCACGUGGUGUUAAUCCUUACUAGUGUUGCCAUCUUUCGCAGCUGGCUACGGGAAGAGGUUGAUGUCCAUGAAUUGUGACCAAUCAGAACAGACAGACAAAAUGAACGUUAGAAUUGAGAGACAUGGGACAAUUCUGACAAUCGGCAUCAACAGGCCCGAAGCCAGGAAUGCAGUUAACCCUCAGACAGCUGCUCAGCUUGUUCAUGCCUUUAAUGAAUUUGAGAAGGAUACAUCCUUAACUGCUGCUAUACUUCACGGAAUAGGAGGAAAUUUCUGUGCAGGCUUUGAUUUGAAGGAGGUUGCGCACGGCUCCAGCACACUGACUAUAGAGCCCGAUGUAACUAAAGGCCCUGGUCCAAUGGGACCAUCAAGAAUGCAAUUUUCAAAACCUGUUAUUGCUGCAGUGAGUGGUUAUGCUGUAGCUGGUGGUCUUGAGCUGUCACUUCUGGCAGAUCUUCGUGUGGUGGAGGAGAGUGCCACUUUUGGAGUGUUCUGCAGACGUUUCGGUGUUCCGCUGAUCGAUGGCGGUACAGUAAGGUUGCCAAAGCUAAUUGGACUUUCCCGAGCUCUAGAUCUCAUCCUUACAGGGCGGCCUGUAAAUGCGCAAGAAGCAUAUCAGAUUGGAUUAGCCAAUAGAAUUGUCCCUGAUGGUCAAGGUCUAAUGUGUGCAAUCGAGUUAGCUCAACAAAUCUCCGCAUUUCCUCAGACAUGUAUGCUUGGUGACAGAGCUUCUGCCUACUACAGCAGUUUUGAUGCCUCCAACUUUACAGACGCAAUGCAAUAUGAAAUGAACCAUGGAUUGCAAGCACUCAAUGAAGAAAUGGUUUCUGGAGCAAAGAGGUUCAGUAAAGGAGAAGGAAGGAAAGGAAGUAAAUUAUAAAUUAGUCUUCAGAAGGAAUUAAAACAUCCAUGGUGUUUUGGAUUCAUAACUAUGACAUUAUUAACAUACUGCACUAGUAUAUUGGUAACAUGUUAGUACAGUAACAGUACAGCACACAUCUGGUUUACUAAAUACAUAGUGAAAUUGCAAUGUAAACAUUGCCGAAAAGUUAAUUAAAUAACGUUAAAAAAAAUGGCCCAUUGUUAGGCUUAUAACAUAUCAAAUGAGAUACCCCAAAGUGUCUACCUUUCUACUUUUGCAAAUGUAGAUCGUGAAUUCAGAUUAGGGGGUAACUUGAUCUGAUGGUCUGCUAAUAUACUCCACAAUAAGAUAUCGGUCUAGCAAAGGAAUAUGUUGGGAUUCCAAGUUUGAAAACUAAACAGGACAAAUAUUUCUAAUUUGUCUGUGAAAUAUCUAAAAACAAAAACAAAAAAAAACCUGUAAAGGGUUUAUAGGAGAAAACGGCUGUACUCAGGAGUUGCAGUUGAGGAGAAUAUCAGCAAUUUAAAUUUCGUUAUGAAAUACACAGAAAAUGCAAUGUUUGUGUGUAUGUAAAAACCACACAAUAUGACCAUUUAUUUAGAUUGGUGGACAAUGAAAGUGUCAUAGUGCCUCUAUCUAAAUAUUGUAGAUUGCCUACUUUAUGAAAAUAUU